AUGGGUGUUAUUUAUAUAACACUACGUAGUGCAACAUGGGUACGUUAUGAUCGUCGACAACAUCAUGUUAAAACUUAUUCACGUGAUGAAAUCAAAGCUAAAGGUCUGGAUUUUGUUGAACCAACAACAUUAGAAGAAGAAUAUGAGCAAAUGGUUAAAAAAGAAAAUUUAAAUGCAUGGGAACAAAAACGAAUUGAACGACCAUGGGAUGAAGAACCAGAUCGAUGA